AUGGCAGUCGGAUUGGAAGAGUACAUACCCCAGGGGGGUACCAAUACCACUGGUAUUGGAGAAUCCCCCUCCGCGCGUUUACGCCUGAACUCCCGCUUGGAGUUUGGGCGUAAGCGCGCGGGCCGCCCUGCGUAUUCUGGGGGGGGCACCAUUCCGCUCGUUGCUGGAGUUCGGGGCAAAAGCAAGAAACGCGCAGCGGUUUCCCCUAAAACGUUCGCCGUGGACGUCUGUAACAUUAGGGGACUCCACUCUAACUUGGAGGCCGUCCAUUACCACCUACGGAUGGCUAAACCGGCCUUGCUUUUCCUUACUGAGACGCAGAUAUCUCCUCCGGCGGACACAUCGUAUCUAUCCUGCCCGGGAUACAAAUUGGAACAUUCUUUUUUGCCUCGGGCCGGGGUGUGCGUGUACGUCAGAGAUGAUGUCUGCUCUCGUCGCCUCAGCCUUCUUGAAGGUAAGGACCUAUCCAUUUUGUGGCUGCGCGUAGAUAGCGACGACCAUCCGCGAGUCUACGCGUGCCUCUAUAGGUCCCAUAGCGGUAAUGCCGAAAUAGACCGACUCAUGGAGCAAGUCCAAACGGCUACAGAUUCCGUCCUGGAGCAGAUCCCAUCCGCCGAGAUUGUGGUACUUGGCGAUUUUAAUGCCCACCAUGCCGAAUGGCUUGGCUCUCGAACCACCGAUCACGCGGGGAGAUCUGUCCAUGACUUUGCCUUGUCCUAUGAUCUGACGCAGCUGGUUACAUCGCCAACGCGAAUACCAGAUGUGGAAGAUCAUACACCUUCCCUGCUGGACCUUCUGCUGACCUCACAUCCAGACAGCUACUCGGUUUCUAUCGACGCCCCCUUGGGGUCGUCGGACCACUGCCUGAUCCGGACAACAGUGCCUAUCUCGCGUCGCCCACGGCUCAAGCCAAAUGGCCUCCGCCGAGUGUGGCACUACAGGUCAGCAGACUGGGAUGAGAUGCGGUCCUUUUUUGCAUCCUACCCAUGGGAGCGAGUUUGCUUCAAGCUGGACGAUCCCGAUGCCGUUGCCGACUCUGUCACCGAUGUCGUGCUUCAGGGGAUGGAACUAUUUAUUCCGUCAUCUGUCGUGCCUAUCGGGGGCAGCUCUCGGCCCUGGUAUGGUCGAUCCUGCAAAUUAGCAGCGCGCUACAAGCAGGAUUGUUACCGAGCCUGGGCUGAAGCGUCAGCGGCUAGGGAUGUAAAUACCAGCCUGCUCAAAAAGAAGUACAACUCCGCCUCCAGGUCCUUCAAAAGAGUUAUUGCCAAGGCAAAGUCGGAACACGUGGCUAUCAUUGGCGAGAGACUGGUGAAACUUCCUUCGGGAACUCGUGCGUUCUGGUCUCUCGCCAAGGCUGUCCAGGGGAAUUUUUGUAAGCCAUCUUUACCAUCUUUGCGCAGGGGGGAUGACUCGUUGGCCCACACCGCAAAAGAGAAGGCCGAUCUUCUAUGCUCUCUUUUUGCGUCGAACUCGACUCUGGAGGAUAAAGGUAGCUCACCGCCGAUUAUCCCGUGCGGUGACACCUUCAUGUCCGAAAUCCAGUUUCGCCAGAGAUCAGUACGUAAAGUGCUGUAUUCUCUGGACGUCCACAAGUCGAGUGGGCCUGACUGA